AUGCCAUCCAAAUCCGAGCCCGAUAACAUUGAGCACGGAUCGUCUGUUACUAUUGAGGACACUGACCUCAAGAAAAAAAAUAUCCGAGACUAUGACGUUGCGUUGAGUUUCGCUGUGGAUAGCAACAGUACUGAUUGGACCGAGGCUGAGGAAAGGAAGAUAUUGUGGAAAAUUGACGCUGUGAUCUUGACCCUGCUUUUUGUGGGCGCCGUUGUCUCAUACGCAGAUACCCAAGCAUACGGAUUCGCCGCUCUGUUCGGCCUGGUCAAAGACUUCAAGUUAUUUGUGAUCAAGAUCAUUGGAGGGAAAGCUAUUGUCGACACAACUAAAUACCAGCUUUCUGCGGGCAUGAACGCAUUAGGUGCAGCGGCUGUGAGAAACUUCUGGACAACCGUACAAGAAAAAUGUACUCAGUCUAUACAGGGUCAAUAUCCAUUACUACUCCUUGCCCAACACCUCCCAGCCGGUAGAUUUUAUGGUGUCAUCAUCACUUACAUGGGAUUGGCUGCUAUUCUGGUUAUUGUAUGCCAGGAUUUCGCUGGCAUUGCAACUCUUCGAUUCUUUACCGGCUUUGCUGUGGUGUCACAGCCGCUGUCUGUCAUCAUAACCUCCAUGUGGUGGCAGAACAAAGAACAACCCCUGCGCGUCGGAAUCUUCAUCUCGGGAACCGCAAUUGGAUCUUUAGCAGGACAAGGGAUUGACCUCGGCGCAGUGCAUCUCUCCGGUGCAUAUGCUACGAGUCCCUGGAAAUGGAUAUAUGUUAUCCUAGGUUCUGUUACCAUUGGAUUCGGCAUCUUCACGGCGCUUGUCUUCCCUGCCAAUCCUAUGAAUGCGUGGUUUCUCACUGCCAGAGAGAAGGAAAUUGCUGUGCGACGACUUGCCCAGAACAAUACGGGGAUCCAAACUCACAAGUUCAAAUGGAAGCAAGUCAAGGAAGCUUUCAUGGAUCCUCAGUUGUACAUCUUUGGGGUUUAUAGUUUUACAUUUGCGUUUGUCAACAACGCCAUCGGCUCAUUCGGAGGGUUUUUAGUCUCGUCCUUCGGCUAUUCAAACACGAGAGCCCUUGUUCUUUCAAUGCCUGCAAGCGCUGUCGCCAUUAUUUCGAUGGUAUCAUCUGGAAUGUUUGGCACGUUUUUUCCACGCCGACGCAUUCUGAUUGCUAUUCUUUAUCUUCUCCCUGCCAUGGCAGGAAACAUUAUCAUGUGGAAGAGCGACAGGUCAAGCAAGGGGGCUCUUCUGGCUGGAUUAUACAUCUCUACUACUCUCUACGGUGCUCUUGUGCAGGAAUUUGCUCUCCUUUCCUCCAAUGUAGGAGGGCACACUAAGAAAACAGUCAUCAAUGCCACAAUAUUCGCUCUCGCAAAUCUCGGUGGCUUUUCUGGACCGUGGGCGUACAAAGGAGACGAAGCCUCGCGAGGUUAUCCUACAGGUCAGAUUACAACUAUGAGCCUUUUCUGUGCGAGUGUGGGAUGUUUCGUACUGCUUUGGAUUUACUAUAUACAUUGCAACAAGAGGAAAGCUCUGCUCAGGGAACAACACCCUGAAUUGACAACAGAUCCGAAUGUCGCCUUUGCGGACUUGACAGAUCAGACGAAUCCGGUGUUUCAAUACGUUUGUUGA